AUGGACAUCAGCGAAUGCGAAGAUCAGAUUGACAGCGAUGUCGAUACUGAGUGCAAGAAAGUCUCGAAGCGUAUCGAAAAUGUGACUCUUGAAUCGGAUUCAUUGCCGGAAUCUCCUAACAAUGCGCUUGAGGAGCGCCUUGCGAGCCGCCGUAAGAAAAGAACGAUGAAAAGGCCAAUUAAGGGACAUAAUAUGGAUGUGGAUCCAUCUCCAAAAUCCCGUCUUGAUAAUAAGCGAAUGGAUUGUGAUGACGAAGAAUCGCAUAUUUCAUCGAGUGAUGAGUCACUAUCCGGGGAUAAUCAAGGUGGUGAAGCGGACGACGAGCAGAGCGACUGGGUUGGCGACACAACUCCAACUGGGGAUAAGAACGCUGAUGGAGUUCCAUUUGAUCGCAAAAUGUAUCUUCGGAAGUCGGCCUCAUCUCAUCAGGUUUCAAACCUCCAGAAGAAAAUCGACAGGUUCUGCCGGGAUGGUUGUCGCGGAGAGCUUACAAUAGACAUUUGCCCAAGAAAUAAGGCUAAUAACAUAUUGCUUCAUCGUUAUCUGUUCAAAUACCAAUUGGAAAUCACACAUCGUCAUCGCAGUCAUGUUAUCAUCCGCAAACGCUCCGAGUCCACAUCGGCACGCUGA